UUUUCCUGAGUUGUUUUUUUGCACAGAUGAGCUGCUUUGCAGAGACUGGAGGGGUUUCUUGUUUGUCUGUUUUAUACCUAUAGCUGUACAGUCAUCCGUUCUGUCGCUAACCCUCGGUUUUAUGUCGGUAGGUGGUUAGUUAGUUAGUGUAGUUUUAUCAAGGUCGUGCUUUUGUUUUUGAAUGGGCAUUAAAAAAAAAUGUAUACCAAAUUCGUGGAAAAUACAUAAAAAACUGGACCUUCUACUAUUUUAGAAUAAAACAUUAGAUAUGCUUAUUUAAGUCGUUGUUACACUUAUCCGUUCGCUAUGUUGUUGAAAGAAAACCAGGUCAGCUUAUUAAGUGUUUUCACGUCUGUAACGGACUCAAGUGAUGAACCGAUUCGAGCUGCGGUUCCCCCGUCUGUGGAGCUCGGACUCACCAUUGUGUAUACCAUCCUAUAUUCGCUGCUUUUUGUGUUUGUUUACUUGCACCUUUGGCUCAUUUUGCGUUAUGGACACAAGCGCUUCAGCUACCAGAGUGUCUUUCUUUUUCUCUGUUUGCUGUGGUCAGCGCUAAGGACUACAUUAUUUUCAUUCUACUUCAAGAACGUUGUCCAAGCAAACCAGUUGCAGCCUUUGCCUUACUGGCUGUUGUACUGUUUUCCAGUAUGCCUCCAAUUUUUCACUCUGUGUCUGCUCAAUCUUUAUUUUGCACAGGUAAUGUUUAAAGCCAAAGCAAAAUAUUCUCCGGAGCUCAACAAAUACAAGUUGACCAUGCAUCUGGCAUUCAUCUUUGCCAGCCUUUUCUUCCUCGUGGUAAACCUGACAUGUGCCAUGCUGGUGCAGGGUGGCAUGGUGGGCGAGGCAGAGGUGCGGCAGGUGGUGCUGGCCCGGGUGCUGGUCAACGACAGCCUCUUCGUACUCUGCGCCAUUUCGCUGGCUGUGUGCAUUUUCAAGAUUGCCAAGAUGUCCUCGUCCAACGUCUACCUCGAAUCCAAGGGUACGUCAGUGUGCCAAGCUACUGCCAUAGGUGCUGCAGUCAUCCUGCUCUACACGUCCAGGGCCGGCUAUAACCUGGUGGUGGUGGCUCUCUCUCCGGAGAACCGUCCCAGCGCCUUUAACUACAGCUGGUACAACGUCUCUGACCAGGCAGACAUAGAGAAGAUCAGUGGAGAGGCCUACAUUAUUUUUGGGAUCAUCCUCUUUUUCUGGGAGCUGCUACCCACCAGUCUGGUCGUGGUCUUCUUCAGGGUACAGAGGCCCAAUCAGAACCUAGCACCAGGAGGAAUGAUCAACAGUCACAGCUUCAGUUCCAAGGCCUAUUUCUUUGAUAACCCCCGGAGGUACGACAGCGAUGAUGACCUGUCCAGGAGCAACAACUCCAGAGCAGAUCGACCGAGUUUCCUGUCCUCGACGACCCAGUUGGACCCCAGCUGGUACAGCUCCACCCAGAGGAACGGCAGCCUUACGGGGAUCCCCCAUCUCCCCACCGGCCCCCAGACCUCCACUGCACCCCUUCUCCUAGCCUACGGCAACAUCCAGACCAACCAGCACCAUAACUACUAUUCCACCCCCCAGAACUACUAUUCUACCCCCCAGAAUCACUACUGCACCCCUCAGAACUAACCACCCCCGCCGUCCCCAUUAGAUACCCCUGAAAGUAAUCCGGAAAACACAGGAAAGGGGCGCUCCUGACCUUCAGCUACAUGGCUACGACCCUCUGGGUUACCCUGGCGAUCCUAUGACUGGUGCUGUGUGGCCACGCCUCCCUCAUUCCAGCUUUGGACCCGCUCCCACCCCACCAGGGCUACUUAACUACCCGUCUUGUUGUAGGCAUGGUGACAACCUUUGGGAUUUCUGGGGCCAGCCGAGGGGAGAUCAUUUGAGGUCAGUGGUGGUUAGGGAGUGGUCAGCUGAGUGAUAUUCCUUUUAUUAAAAAAGCUUUCCAACAUGUCUAAUACCAUAGUCCUGGAACUAGAGGUCUGCUACCUGACCCGAGCCCAACGUCCCCGACAUUAUACAUCGGGUUAGGGCCAGGUAGGGUCUAUUUUUUUCAUCAAUAACUAGAGUGUGGGCAGGGCUCGGGUAUCACUAGAUUGAGCACUAACAUUUUGAAGCUGAACCAUUUGUGCGUGCUCUGCUGCGCAGUACAGUCAUAUUUAACUAAGUGCUUCAACCACAUCACAAAUAAGAGAGGAGAGAUUAUUUCACAGAAAAUAAUAAUGUUCCUUAGGUUUUUAGGAGUUUAGAGUGAUGAAAAGUAGCCCAAGCAGAGCCAUUGCUAUGGAGACUCAGAGCCACCACGAGCUGAGCGGAUGCAGAGCGAGUGACAGACAGGGAGGAGCAGCUAAUGGAUUUACAAACUGAGGAAGGUAUUUCUGAUUUUGGGUUUUUGGCAGGGCCUUAAAUUUAGCAGAAGCAGUCGGGCCUGGGUAGUGUAGGGCCUGAACAUUGUGGGCAUGGGUAGGGCUCGGCCUUUAAAUUCAUGUCCGUGCAGGGCUCUUCCUGGAACAUUGUACUAUUCCUAAGAAGUGUUUGUAUGGAAAGGAUUGUGCUUAUCAGCUUUUCCACACACACAUACUGUAUGUUUGUCGGACAUCAAACAGAAAAGUUAGUCCUAUCUCUUUCAAGGACCAGACAAGUACAUGGACCAGCACUUAUGUUUUUGCACCCCAAAUUUCCUAUUUUGCUUUGGUCCAGUGGGCAGUUCUCCCCGCUGCCCCCUACACACAGACUCCCCUCCAUGAGUCGGGAGGCGACAUUUGCACUUGAAAAAAUCCCCUCACUUCACAUUCUGAGGACAUGACCCUGGCUUUAAUGUAGACUCGGCUCUUUAUACAAUCUCAGACUUUGUGUGUUCCUUCCCUGGACAUGUCUCAUUUCCCUGUAAAGACCAGUUGUUAUCUGAGCAAUGAGACAUCCAUGACCAUGUCCUUCUAAACCAACACCAAACGGGGCUAGAAUCAUGGGCAAUGCUCUCAGUAUUCGAGCCCAAUGUGCACUGGGACACCGUGGGAAAGGUUAAUACUUUGUGUGUUUUGAAUCUUUCACACUGUCAAAGACUGUGUGAAAGAGGAAGGCCACUUUUGCCAAAGAGCGCACAGAUCGAGAGUUGGGCCUAAAAUGUAGUCUCGAGCCUCCAGCUUUCCUAGCUCCUUGGGAAGUCCGUUUCGACGAGAGGCCCUAAUGGAGCAUAGACUGUGGGGAAACAAUAUGUUUCUGAAUGAAUUUUCUGAUCUGGACCCAGUAAAGUGAAUGUACGGAUUAAGUGUGGAUUGGCGGAGUGAUCAGAUCAAAAUGUUAUUAUGGUCCAGUUUCAUAGUACAGUAGGCUACUCCUGGCAAAGCCCUAGCAAGGUCCCAGCUCAGUUUGUGCUGUCUUUACAACUCUAAUGGUCAUUGUCACCAGACAGCACAAAAAUAUCUGGGACCAGGUUAACCGGUGACAGAGAGGGAUAGAUGGGCUUAAAGACGCCCUCCCUCUCUUUCUAUAUCCUGACUAUAAUAGUUGCUGUAUACAUGUGGUAGUUUACAGCAUCAAGAUCACCAUCAUUAGCCUGGACCCAGAUCUGUUUGUUUUGUCUUGCCAGCUACUCUGGUCAUAGUCACCCCAUUGGCCAUAAGAGUUGGCAAAAUAGCACAGAUAGAUCUGAGACCAGGAUACACCACCAUACAGGGACACCUGAAAAUGUGCCAUUACAUGUUACUGUUUGUUUUUUUUCCUUGUGGAAAACGUCUUGCACAAAAUGCUGUAAUAAUCAAAAAUUAUUAAUAAGCUUUAUGACCUCCUACUUGUUUCAAUUUUAACUGGAUUCUGUUUGUUUUUUAUACUCCAUGGCUACUAAUUUGGACUUUUCCAUGUCGAGAUAGUGGUACGGCCCAGGUGUACAGAGCAAGUAUAUGUGUGAAUGUGUUUGCUAAACAUGCUUAUAUGCACAGAAAGUGUUUAGGUAGGAGGUAAGAAAACUGUUGAAAGACAACCCUUUCCUUUGUUUGUUACUGUUGAACAGAGUUUUGUGUUGUUUGCAAAAACCUGUUCAGAGAGGGCAAGAGGAAUUGCUCUCUACACAUUUGAUAUGCCUUCUAAUCAUAUUUUAUUUUUUGUUUUGUUUUAUUUAGAAAUUAUUUUCUUCUUUCCUUGCCUUCCUUCCAUGAAUGUCUGAGAUCAAGUGUUGUCGUUGUUGACGUUAUACGAGUUGUGUAAAUUAAUAUCUGCUGACAAACACAAUCAGUGGGCGAAUGCAAUCAUAUUUUAAGUAUAUUCUUUUUUUUCUUUUUUUUUUAAUUACCCCCUUUUCUCCCCAAUUUCGCUCCAACUCCACAACGGCAUCCUCCGAAACAUGACCCGCCAAACCACGCUUCUUAACACCUGUCCGCUUAACCUGGAAUUCAGCUGCACCAACGUGUCGGAGGAAACACCGCUCAACUGACGACUGAGGUCAGCUUGCAGGGUCCCAGCCCGCCACAAGGAGCCGCUAGUCCACGAUGAGCCAAGUAAAGCCCCCCCCAAACCCUCCCCUAACCCGGACGACGCUGGGCCAAUUGUGCGCCGCCCUGUGGGACUCCCGAUCAUGGCCGGUUGUGACACAGCCCGGGAUCGAACCUGGGUCUGUAGUGACACCUCAAGCACUGCGAUGCAGUGCCUUAGACCGCUGUGCCACUCGGGAGGCUUUUUAAGUAUAUUCUAUGCUAUUUUCUCCCGCCUUCUCUGUGUUUGGGACUGAUGUCAUUGCAUCAUAUGGCUGAUGUCACCUUUUGACCUUUGGUGCUGUGGAGGUCAUACAGGAAAUGUCCAGUUGGACAGGAAGUGAAAAAGUGUAACCCACAGAGAAUGAUAGAGGCCUCUAGUGGCCAAAAGGCUGUUUUAGCAUGGGCAGCGCCAUUGAGGGCUUCCAACAUUUUAAUGUAGGCAACUGGGUGGGACUUCCAUCUUCAUUAGCUGAUCCCUCCUGAUGACCCGGUUGGAGUCAUGUCCAACUGGGUCAUUAGGAGGGAUUAGCCAAUUGAAAAUGUACUAUUUUAAAAUGGAGAUAGCCUUAAUGGAGCUGCUGUCUAAGACCCUAGAAUGGCACAGAUACAAAUAUGAGUCCUCUAUAGUAUAACCGCAGGUUGAACUUCCUCUCACCCUCCCAGGGCCACAAGCCAAUUCCAGCCAGCCAGGGGGAACUGCUUUUAAAGAUUUUUAUUGUAUUUUAUUCCCCCUUUUUCUUAAAAAAUAUCAUUUUAGAGGUGGAUUCUGCAGGGUAAUGGAUUUGGGUGUAGGAACAAACAGAUUGUUGUCUUUCCCUUAAUUUGCUCUCAAACUAAGUUGCAUACGUGUGUGAUGGUUGCAGCAAAUCUCUGUCAGUAAGCAAAAGCGAGCAGACAGCUAUAAUCAAUAGGAAAAUACUGGCAAAUGUUGAUAUUUUCACCCUUAUAUCCAAGAACAUACAGCAUUCUAUCUGGCAUGAUUGCAAAUUGUCCUUACUUAAAGAGAUAGUCAGAUGAAAUCGUGGAUAACAUUUGUAUGUCUCUGCGUCCAGUAUGAAGGGAGUUAGAGGUAUUUUCGUGAGCCAAUGCUAGCUAGCGUUAGUUCAAUAGACUAUUGCUUCAACGCUAGGUAGCAAUUACGCUAUCGCUAGUCGGCAACUUCCUUCAAACUGAACACAGAGACAUAAAAAUGGUAUCCAUGGGUUCAUCUGACUCUGGGGAAGUAGAUAACGGGCUUCUUUGCAAAAAUGUUGAACUCACUCUUUAACAACAACUUAUGUUCAAUUGUAUGAGUUGGAAGUAUUGUAUUUUUUUGCUGAUUUUGUUUCUGUGAAAUCUGUUGCUAUAUAAGAUCUUGUGUCUCGCAAAGAGCAGGUUUAGCCUUUUAUAAUAAUUAUAAUUUGUCUCAAAUUCUUUAUUGGUGGCCAAUGAAUGUAACACGUUUACCCAUCUUUCAUAGAUCAGUAAAUAUGUAUGCAAGCACUACCAUGUUAAAAUAAAGCUUUUCAUCUGAAUACA